AGAAUUUAAUAAAAAAUGUAAUUGAAAAGAUAUAUGACAAAAUAUUUUUAAAAAAAUAAAAUUUUGGCAAACUUUUAUUAAUUAAUGCUAACGCUAAUAGCACUCGUUGGCAUUGUCCACCGAGGCACCAACCCCAAACAUUAUUGCUUUGUCUUGUCGUUAUCACCUUGUGCCUGAACUGAACCUUUGACUCUCCGUCCCGGCGCCGUGAUCGCCGUCUCUCCUCCUGACUGUCGCCUUCGUGAUGCGUUUCUGUGGCCAAGCGUAGUUUCGUUUUCGUGCUGUGUGGUAGUGCCACCGCCGUGAUAUUCAGGUUCGUGAUUCGUCCUCGCCUUCUUGGUUCCUUCAGAACACUCGAUCCUGUCUUAUUCUCUUGAUGGAAGAGAGCAGAGGAAGAGUAUGUGUUACUGGUGGUACUGGCUUUGUUGGUUCCUGGAUUAUUAAGAGACUUCUUGAAGACGGUUACUCUGUAAAUACUACCAUUAGAUCCCACCCAGAACAAAAGAAAGAUGUGAGCUUCCUCACAAAUUUGCCAGGAGCAUCUCAAAGGCUACAAAUCCUAAAUGCAGACCUAAGCAACCCAGAUAGUUUCAAGGAAGCCAUUGAGGGGUGCAUUGGAGUAUUCCAUGUGGCUACCCCAAUUGACUUUGAGGAAAGUGAACCUGAAGAGGUUGUGACGAAAAGAUCUAUUGAUGGAGCCUUGGGCAUUUUGAAGGCAUGUGUCACUUCAAAAAGUAUAAAGCGAGUUGUUUAUACAUCUAGCGCUGUAACUGUUUCAUAUGGUGGUAAAGAAGAUGAAGCGAAGGAUGAGAGCUCAUGGAGUGACGUGGAUUUCCUUAGAACAUUGAAGAUUUAUGGAUCAUCCUAUGCAAUUUCUAAGACUUUGACAGAGAAGGCAGUGCUAGAAUUUGGAGAACAAAAUGGAUUAGAUGUCGUGACUGUGAUUCCCCCUGCUGUUGUCGGACCGUUCAUUUGCUCUAGGCUUCCUGUCUCAGUUCGUCCUUGUCUUUAUUUCUUGUUUGAUAACAAGGAACCAUCGAGUUACCUGGAAAUCAAUAUGGUGCAUGUGGAUGACCUGGCAAGAGCACAUAUGUUUCUGCUUGAACAUCCCAAUCCAAAAGGGAGGUAUAAUUGUUCUACAUGUUUGGCAGCCAUUGAAGAAGUGCUUGAGAUUUUGUCUGUUAAAUAUCCAAAAUUUCAAAUACCAACCAUAGAUUCCUUAAGAGACAGGAAUGGCUUGAAGUUUCCUUAUGUGUCGUCUAAGAAGCUCAUAGAUGCUGGGUUUGAGUUCAAGUACGGACUUGAGGCAAUGUUGGUGGAUUUAAUUGAAUGCUGCGUGGAAAAGGGUUAUUUGGAGUCAUAAUUUGUUAUCAGAUUAAUUAUCCAAUCAAAAUAUGUUGCAUGUUUGGUGAUUUUUUUAUAAGACAAGUGUUCGGUGUUAUAAUAAUAAUAUGACUAGUAUAUUGUCUUUUCAGCAAGCAAGCGUGUGAUUGUGAAUUACAUUGUGCGACAAACUAUAGUUUGGUACAUCGCUUUCAUAUGGACACUGUGAAUAUGUGAAACGUUGUUUUGACAGUUAACAGGAUAUGGACAUGGUUUGCAUUACU